AUGACACCAACAACAAUCACUACAACUACAACUACAACCACAAAUACAUGUAAAGAAUUAUCUUUAAAGCGAUCUAGAUUAGAUUUCGAAGAUAUUAGUAUCGUUAUACAUGAACAUGUUGAAAAGAAUAAUAGUAAUAUCAACAAUGAUAAUGAUGAUAGUUAUAAUAAUUGUGCAAUAGUUGUAUAUAAUGAAAAUAAUAAAGAUAGUGACUAUGAUGAAGAAGAUGAAGACGAAGAGGAAGAUGAAAAUGAAAAUGAAGAUGUCGAAAUGAAUAACAACGAUCUACAGGAUUUUAGUUGCGAAAGUGUAAGUGGAAGUGACAGUGACUAUCAAACAGAAUCUGAAAUGGAGGAGGAGGAAGAUGAUCAUUUCGAUUUCGUUCCAGAGGAAGAAGAGGUAGACGAGCCAGAGGUGGAUAUCUACGAUGACAUACACUUUGCGAGAAGCAGACGUUGGACGACAAUCUCUUGGUCAAGAACGAUGUUUGCUACAAGCAGACAGCCGAUCCAAAAAGAACGUUUGGUUGUCCCUACAAAUCGUGUGACAAAGCAUUCAAUAGAAUCGGAAAGUUGGAAAAUCACAUACGUACACACACCGGUGAGCGUCCCUAUCAAUGCACAUACGACGGCUGUAACAAGUCAUUCAGUAGAUCACACCACUUGA